AUGAAGGCUCGCAGUACGCAGCGCCUUCCUCCUCGCACGGAGAGUCCUUCACCACAGCCGUUGGGCUCUCGUACCGCAUCCAAGUCUUCUGUGUUGAGGUCAGACCACUUGCAAGCACUGGGCAGCAGGUUAAGCGGUCCAGGCCUGCAGGCAGCACGAAGGGAUGUAGCCAAAGUGAAGGGGAGGCUGCGAGAUCUAGAGGAAACUGGGAAGAGACGUCUUGCAAGAGCUGAGCUUGCGGAGGCAAAAGAGAAGGAAGAAGAGUGGCAGCGACAGCAAGCCCAGAGGCAGAAGCAGCACGACGAACGUGAAGCCACCGUAGUCGGGGUAGAAACUCUAACCGAGGCACAAAUCACGUUCAUUGAGCAGAAGACCGGCAAGUCCCUCGACGAACUCGUUGAAGAUGAGAUUCACGAGAUAUUGCUGGAUCCCGAUAUCGAGGAGGAUGAAGGCGAGUAUGUCGAAUCUGCUACCCCCAUAGUCAAGAAGAAGAGAACUCGUGCCGCAUACGAUACCGCGGACGAGGAGAGUGAUCAUGAUUGCGCCAGUGUUAUGCAGUCGAGGCCAGACAGCAAUAAAGUAGUUGGAUGGGACAGUUCAAAGCGGCGCAAGGGGAACAACGCGCCAACGUUCAGCGCGUCCUCUCCCCAACCCAUUGCCUCAAAGUUGCCUCCACGCCGGCAAGGUCCCGCUAAGACUUCUGCUAAUCCAAGAUAUCGCAGCACUUUACCAUCUUCUGAGCCCCCUCUACCAACUUCUCCAGAUCGUCCUACGGAUGACUCAAGGGAGCCACCCUCGACGCCCGUUGCUCAGCGUGGCACAUCCUCCAAAGUCACCUUUUCUCAGCAGACAUCCAAUUCACAGCUUCUCCUUCCCCGUGCGGCCAAGAUCUUUCGAGUCACUCUCGCUGUCGAAGAUGCCUUCCCACCACAAGAAGCCGUCGACUCUCGAGUGAAAGGUUGCUUCAAGCAAGCUGCAGAAGAGCUCGACCAACCUGCAUUGGACCAUCGUUUCAAGGAUAAUCUUGCGUACAAAAAGCAAGCCAUUGACUGUAUCAAACGUGCGAGAUCUCAGACGCGUGGUGAAGUCAAGACCAAGGCACAAGGCAUUGUAGUCUCGCAGUACAAUAUACCUAUCCACCAGGGCGAAGAACAGGUCAAGAAAAAAGUCGAGAAAUUGCUCGACAAGUCAGCCUUCACGUUCGCUGAUCCAGAGAAGCGUAGUGGUUUCUACAGUCAUCCAAUCUUUGUUGAAAUCAUCGCAAAGCAAUGGUUUGACCCUACGAAGAAGACCUCUGAUGGCAUCAAAUAUGUUGACGCCUUCAACCCCAUCCCUCUUCCGGUCCUGGCCUUAGUGGCGACUGCUAUUGAAUGCGCGCUGAAGGAUUGGGAGAGUGGCCACCGCAUAUCCAAGAAAAAGAACAAUGAAUUUUCGGCCGAUGACUACGCGGAAAGCUACGCAAGGCGACUGCAGAUGCUCACGAACAAGGAGAGCAAGGAACCAGCAUUUUUUGAGAGCCUUACGAGGGAUCUGUUCCAGAAGGCAUGGAAACUGGGCGGAAACAGUCCACUGAAGCCGAAAGAAGCGGAGGAUGAUUACGACGAUGUGGAUUUUGCUGCAGAGGCCGCUCAGCUCAGGCAGGGACAGUAG